GGUUUACCCGGCAUGAAAGGUGGACCUGGAGAGAAUGGUUUACCUGGAACACCAGGACCUAGAGGGUUACCUGGAGAGAGAGGAAAUGAUGGUUUACCUGGUUUACCUGGACAAGAUGGGCCACCGGGUUCAGAUGGUUUACCUGGUCUACCAGGUUUGAAAGGUGAUUCUGGUCUAUCUGGUUUACCUGGUUUGAAGGGUGACAGAGGUGAACCUGGUCUAAAUGGACUUCCUGGAGAAGCUGGUCUACCUGGUGAGUACAUUUGA